AUGAACAAAAACAGAGGAGAGGCAGAGUAGUUGAAGACAACUCUACAAGACUGCAACUUUCGUCUCCGCCCAUUUCUCAUGCUCUAACAAGCCCUACAAUCCAUUCUCUUCCAACCUCAUUACUCCAAAAUAUGCUCAAACUUCUCAACAAGAACCUCCGUCGCCUCUGCUACCGCCUCCGCUGGCCCAUUCGCCACCACUCUAAGCCCAAAAUUCUCGUCAAACGGUUCGGGAAAACUAACUCCAAAGCUCAGUUUGAUGCGAAAAACGAACCGAGCCUUAAUGGGUCGGCUGUGGUUCACCCGAAUGGGGAUUUGGGUGAUCUAAAGACAGAGAAACCGAUAAGGAUAGCGACUUUCAAUGCUGCCCUGUUCUCCAUGGCAUCCGCAGUUCCGGAGGCCGAGAAGACGGCGAGUUUUGGCAACGAAAAUGGAGAUAUAUUGAAGGCGGUGCGGUCUAUGGACAUAAAAUUACGAACAAAGUCUGCAAAUGAUCGUCCGAAAAGUAUUUUAAAGCAAUCUCCCUUGCAUCCCAGUACCAUUUCCAUGAAUGGUAAGGACAAUCUUUCUAAGCAACAAAAGUUCGAGAAAUCGAAGUUACGGGUGUCGAUAAAUUUGCCUGAUAACGAGAUUUCUUUAUUGAGGAGUAGACAAUUGAGCUUUGAUGAAAGGGAGGGUUCUUCUUCUGCUGCUGCUGCCGCCGCUUCAGCUAGUACAACAACUAGAAUUUUGAGAGGAAAAGCUCCAUUGAGAUCCACUGCGAGCUUCUUUGCAAGUACGGUAAAUGGUGGGGAUGGUGAGGGGUAUAGGAGUCGUAGGACUGUCCUUGAAGUGCUGAGAGAGUUGGAUGCUGAUAUAUUGGCUCUGCAAGAUGUGAAGGCGGAGGAAGAGAAGGCCAUGAAGCCUCUCUCUGAUUUGGCUGGUGCUUUGGGGAUGAAUUAUGUGUUUGCUGAGAGCUGGGCGCCGGAGUACGGCAACGCCAUCUUGUCGCGGUGGCCGAUUAAGCGGUGGAAAGUUCAGAAGAUCUAUGAUGAUUCUGAUUUCAGGAAUGUUCUAAAGGCCACCAUUGAUGUACCCCACAUGGGGGAAGUGAACUUCAACUGCACCCACCUUGAUCAUCUUGAUGAGAACUGGAGGAUGAAGCAGAUAAAUGCAAUGAUUCAGUCUAGUGAUGAACCUCACAUUUUAGCUGGAGGUCUCAAUUCUCUUGAUGAAACAGAUUACUCACAAGAAAGAUGGACUGACAUUGUAAAUUACUAUGAAGAGAUGGGAAAGCCAACACCAAAGGUGGAAGUGAUGAGAUUUUUGAAGAGCAAACAGUAUACAGAUGGCAAGGACUUUGCAGGAGAAUGCGAAUCAGUAGUCAUGAUUGCCAAAGGCCAAAGUGUGCAGGGAACAUGCAAGUACGGAACUCGGGUGGACUAUGUAUUGGUAUCCCCAAAUUCACCUUACAAGUUUGUUCCUGGAUCAUAUUCAGUCUUUUCAUCCAAAGGGACUUCUGAUCAUCACAUAGUGAAAGUUGAUGUCGUGAAAGUAAUCACCACAGCUGAAGAACAUGUCACUAGAAAGAGGCGACAACCAAAGCAGCAAGUUGUAAAGAUAACAACAAAAACUUCUCCAUCGAAAGGUAUAUGGAAGAAGAACACAUUGACAGAGAGAAACAGUUAAAUUCUUUUUGUUUUUUUCUCAGUUUUUGAGGAACACUUUCUUCUGCUAUGAAUUGUAAAUCAUUUAACACUGUUUUUACUCGUUUUGGUAGAUACAAUACAAGGAUAGAGAUGACAUUUUAUAAUAUUUA